GUUCUUCUCCGCUACAGUUACGCUCGUCUAAGGACCAUCAAUAAUUGCGUCGCGGUCUAGUUCUUGGGCCGAUAAAUGGACCCGUCGGCGAGGUCGCGCCUUGAGUCUGAUGUCCAGGCUCUUCUCGCCGAGGCAUCAUUAGCUGGCACCCGAAAUCGCCGCCAACUUUCCUGCACGCCCUGCAGACAACGAAAGUGGGUGAUGCCAUGAAUGCAGUUGAUGUGCGCCUGCUGAGUCGCGGACAGAUUGAAAUGUAACCGAGGAAGGCCUUGUGAAAAUUGUCUCAGGAAAAAUGCACUGCAGGGAUGUGUGUACCCGGACUUCGCGAGACGUGGUCCUCGCAAGCCUGUCAAGGUCAAAGAGAGCAUCAACCGCCUGGAGUCGGUUUUACUAGAGCUCAGCGAAAGAAACGAGGCCUCUCUUGGCUCCGAAAAGGGCGAUUUCAUCCCGCGUGCUCAUCACGAGCAAGGUGAAGAGACUGGACAACAACGUCCACAAGACGAUGUUCAAAGGCAGGCUGUGGUGCGUCGAUCGACAACAAAAUGGGAUUCGAUCCUGGAGGAUAUCUCCGAGAUCAAGGACUACUUUGAGGAAAACGACGAGUCUCUCAAACGCGACAUUGACAAACUCCAGAUUGCAAAAUCCUCACCAAAGGUCUGGGAUAUCAUAUAUGGAGUCAAACAUCGCCAGGAUCUUGAAACAUUGCUCUCAUGUCUCCCAGAACGACCUCGGGUCGACAGGAUGGUGGCCAAAUAUUUUGAGAUGCUGGCAUUUUUCAGACCCGUGGUUCAUCCUAAGCAGUUUCAGCGCGAAUACACCAACUUCUGGAAGAAUCCUGCCGCCGUUUCGAUAACCUGGCUAGGCCUUCUUUUUUCAAUGCUUCAGCUAACUGUACAGGUCUCCCGCCAGCUUCCCAACGAUGCUUCGAACCCGGCACUCGACCCAGAUGAUAUGGUGUCCACAUUUAGACAUUGCGCGCUGCAAUGCCUUACCUUGGAUGACUAUGCCAAGGGUGACAUUCAUCUUCUGCAGGGUAUGCUCACCCAUCUUGAGGCUGAAUACUUUCAGUCACUGGAUCCUCAGGCGAACUUCUACAUCCUCACUGGGACUAUUGUCCGAGUUGCCCUUAUGCUUAAACUUCAUCGAGAUCCACGUCACUUCAGCAAUCUAUCCCCAUUUCAGGCCGAAAUGAGGCGGCGUUUGUGGUUGAGUAUCGUCCAUGGUGACGUACUAUUGUCCUUCCAAAUGGGUCUACCCUCAAUGAUACUGCACAGACAGGUGGACACUACUCUGCCGAGAAACCUUCGGGAAGAUGAUUUUGACGAGGAUACCAAACUUCUCCCUCAAAGUCGGCCUGUCGACAAUACCACCCACGUGGCCUUUUAUCUUGCAAAAGUACCGGUCAUCGAAGCUUUCGGCCAGAUCGCAUCACAUCUACAGGAUGUUCAUCCCUCACCUGGGGCAGUUCAAGCUCUAGAUGCUCAGCUCCGAACAGCAAGGUCCAGUGUGCCUGAGUACUAUCAGAUCCGUCCGAUUGAAGACUCACUGAUAGACCCGGCGUUUGCCUUGAUGUGCCGGUUCGCCAUAGAUCAGAUCUGCUUGACCGGUUUCUGCAUUUUGCACCGAAAGGGCCUGGUGGCCGCCAGAUUCGAUCAAAACUUCAAACAAUCCCGACAGGCCUGUGUCGACGCCGCCAUGAAAAUGCUCGAAUAUCAGCACGUCCGGCACCGGGAAAGUAAGCCAGGAGGGCGCUUGUCUGGCGUAGGAGCCACGAUGUUGUCAUUCACCAAGAAUGACUGGCUCUUGGCCGCAAUGCUGAUAUGCCUGGACGUCCAUCUUUCUGCGACCAACAAACAGACAAAUGUCUCGGAUGAUGAAUCAAUAUGGGGCCGCGACCGUCGUGAAGAGAUGCUCAAGGCACUCGAAAGAUCCUAUUAUAUCUGGCGUGAAUACAGUGAAGAGUCUGUGGAAGCGCUCAAAGCUAGUGAAGCACUCGCUGCCAUGCUUGCGAAGAUCCGGCCCGAAUUUGGUAUCUCGACCAAAUACGGGCUGACGAGAACAACAGCAACAACAACCCCUGUCAAUUGUCAAUCGCAAUCGACCCUUAAUUCGGCUACGGCUUGUACUGCUACACAGAAUGAUGCUGCUGAAACUUCAGGGCUUGGUCUGCAAGUACCAGAUAUGUUCUCAGAACCAGGGGAUAUUGACUGGGAUGAACUCGAUCGAUUCUUCAUCAGUACUGGCGCAAUGCCAUCAACCAUAGACAACGACAACAACGUUGCUAUUUACGACUCCGAAGACUGGCUGAACGGCGACGUGUGGACUACGGUUCAAGGUUCUUGAUCAUAUGCAGGGUCGAAAUGCUUGAUUGCUAUGGGCGAUGUCGGGGUGCAGAGACGAACAAUAGUGUCACGGGAUCCUAGGCCAAACUUAGGGGAGCGAGCACGAUCCAUCAUCUCUCCUCGUUCUCCCCCUUCACCUCCUAUCUCGGCUACAUACGGCUCACCGAGGCAUAUCGAAAUCAUCGGCGCGGUGGCGCCACUGUUCCUCCGGACCACAGCUUUGAGUUGGUUAUAGCACGCCGGUGCUGGAUCUUGAAUUGAUUCCCUUGCCAAGCAAAAUCAGCCGCAUGUCCAUAUAUGGGUGUCGUAGCCCCCGGGGAAAGUGUCACUCAAUCCCAUCCCCCGUCUGCUUCUUUGACACUGGAACAACCGGCAUGUCUUCGGAACAGAAUGAAGACGGUCGUCAUCUGCAGCACCAUAUAUCUAUCAACGCCGAAAAGAGUUGACGACAAUACCUUGAACUGCCCCUUUCAGCUCUCCCGAGUCAAUGAUGACCUCGGUUUGAGGUCACAUUAGGUCCCUGGCGAAGAACGAAAAGCUUUCCGUCUACCAAGGGGAGGAUGAGGCGGCACCCCAUGACUAGGCGAACUGUCACAUCGCGAGUGCGGUGAGCAUUACCAUUGCACGUCGUCACUUGAUGACUGUAGGGGCCUUGGUCAGUGAGUUGGACCUUUGCACUUACCAGGGUUUCGUCGUCAUCAGCAAGCGUUUUGGGUCGAUAUAUCACUGACGAUAUCACCAUCUACGGAGCAAUCAUCCCUCCAUUCACGUUUACGAGCCGUUUCAUUUGCUCGGUACUCGUUCAGGUGAACAGCUUUGACUGAAAGGUGUUGCUUGCCUUCGAUUUCCUAUUACUACUUCAAUAUCCUUGUGGUGUUGCAAUAAAUUACCCCGUCGGUCGUGUGACUCUUUCUUUUCGCCGUUCGGCAGUAUAAUGCAAACACCCGCGUGAGCACGGGGGAAUUUCUUCACUCGUCUAGAUGUAAGGAGACAAAGGAAAAAGGGUUAUAAAGGUUCUGUCUGCGUUCAAGACAAACCAACCAAUCUGUUAAAAAAAUGUCCACAAUAUUGACUGUAUUGGUCUCUCUCGACAUAAGAGCAACAAUCACACUGCGGUUGUGCCACCCUCGCAUUCGAACAGGAUAGCUGCCGACAUUGACGG